GCGCAGGUCCUCACACUCUCUCACAAACGCAAAGCUCCGAUUAGGGGGGCCAUGGAGAAGGGGGGCCAUCAAUUGCGGCGCCUCCACCUGCUGCUCGCGCUCGCGGGUUGGGGAUGGGGAUGGACAGCGCAAGCAUUGCCGUCAAACAGGAGCGCGCUGCUCCUGGCCCAGCGGAUCAACGAACGCGAGGGCCCGUUUCUAGGUCUGGUUGUGCCCACGAGCUUCGAGAUGGAUGCCAUUCGCCAGCAAACCAUCUUCGCCCCGCACCCCUACAUUCCCUGGCUCGACCUCGCCGGGCGACGCUUCCACAUUGGAACAAUUCAAGGUCACAAAGUCGUUCUUGUGCAGUCUGCCUCGGCAAUGCUCAAUGCAGCGAUCACCACGCAGCAACUGCUCGACUUUUUCGAUAUCAACGGAGUGCUUCACUACGGCAUUGCUGGAAGCGCAAAUGAUUCCCUGACCAUCGGAGACAUAAGCAUUCCAAAAUACUGGGCUCACACAGCCUUGUGGAAUUGGGAGAAGUUUAGUAACGGAUCGGGUCACCUCUUGUCAUCAGGACCAAACGGAGAUUUCACGCAGGAUCUGGGACACCUCCACUUCAGCGACUUCGCGUACCCAAACAAUGGCCACCGCCAGAAUCUACUCACCAGCGUCUGGAUUCAACCCGAAGACGUCUUGAAAGUCAGCGGGACUCCCGAAGUGCGCAGCCGAGCGUUUUGGGUAAGAGUGGACAAGCGUUUCUACAAAGCCGCGAAAACUCUCGAGGGUAUGGAGCUCACGUCGUGCUUCAAUGCGACAACAUGCCUGAGCAUUAGACCCAAAGUCGUGGUGGGUCUCAGGGGAGCCAGCUCCAACGUCUUCGUCGACAACGCUGCGUAUCGACAGUUCAUGUUCCAAACCUUCCGAGUCUCCUCGGUAGACAUGGAAUCUGCUGCUGUAGCUCUGGUUUGCUACUCCAACGAGGUGCCCUUCAUCGUCAUAAGGUCCAUAUCGGAUUCAGCCGGGAACUCGGAAGGAGCAAACGAGGUGUCGGCGUUCAAGAACCUCGCGUCGCUCAACGCUGUCAAGGUCCUCACGCAGUUUCUCAAGGCCCUGCCCAAGCAAGAUUCGCCCCACGACCAGGGAAUGAUUCUCAUGUAGAAAAGAUGCUCUAGGUACUUGGAAUUUUAAAGACGUUGUCAACGGUCACUUUUCCUGCCUAGGGUUUUCUUUCUGUAGCCUCUGCUAGGGCUGCGAGAGCGAUGGCGACGAAAUUGACGUCCGUCCUGAAGCCGCGCAAGAAGGGCAUGUCUCCGCAAAAGAAGAAGAAGAAGAUCAUCCUGUCCGACGCUGAUCAGGCUAUCGGCGCCAGCGAGAAGCGAGUCGCGAGAGCUCUGGUGUACCCCAGCGCGAGCUCAACAGAUGUUGCGGAGGAUGAGGACGAUGUGGAGGAAAUGCUGCGGCAAUUCGAUCUGGACGCCAAGUUUGGCCCCUGUGUGGGGUUGUCGCGGAUAGAACGGUGGGAGAGAGCCCAGCGCCAUGGCCUGUGCCCGCCCCAAAACAUCAGGGAUGUUUUGGAGCGCGUGGGUGGCGAGCCAAACUGUCUCUGGGAAGGCAGGGUUUAGGCUUUGCUUCAAUGCCUCGGUUUGAAGCUCGUCGUCGUAAGAUAUAUGUAGUGUACGUACUUUGGUGACUAAACUGUUUGCACGUGAACUUGGAAAGCUCCUCUCGCUUUUUCGUU